AUGGCUUCUAUGUCACCAUGUACAAUAGAAAAAGAUGUUCUUGACGCAAUGAAAAAAUUUCGACGAUUAUCGAAUAAAUCAACUAUGGCUAUGUUAUUACGAUGUGAUAUGAAAACAAAUCAAGUCGUGAUUGACAAAGAGUUAAAAGACAUGAGUGUUGAAGAAUUGAUCGAUGAAUUACCAAGUCGUGAGCCUCGUUUUAUUUUACAUAGUCAUGAAUUAAAACAUGCCGAUGGUCGAGUUCAAUAUCCACUCAAUUUAAUUUUAUAUAUACCUGAUGGAUGUGGAACAAAUAAUCGUUUUACUUAUGCAUCAACAGCAAAUUCAGUUUCAGAAGCAUCAGGCAUUACUCGUAUUAUUGAAUUUCGUGAGGAUAUAUCACCUGAAUGGCUUACUAAAGAAUUACAAAAAACUUAUUAA